AUGUUCUCCACAAUCUUACUCAUCCGAACCACCUCCCCCACCACCUUCCUCCUUUCCAGAUCGAUCCACCCUCGUCCACUUUUCCGAUCAUUCACCACCACCUCAAUCCUAAACACUUUCACUUCCCCUCUUCGCUAUCCUCUCAAACCCACUUCCACCACCCAUCGUUCAGCUCUCGUACCUACCCCUCCUACUCGGUCACCCGCUAUUUCACCAACAUCUCCGAAACAUGAACAAUCUCAUAGUUCUCAAACACCCUCUUUGGUCGCUCAGACAAUACCACCCGCUUCAGCCGUCACGAUCCCACCGAGGAGUAUCAUAGAUCGUCUUGUUCCUGAAUGGGCGGCGGGGGUUAGACCUUAUUUACAUUUGAUGAGGUUGGAUAAACCUAUUGGGUGGAUAUUACUUUAUUGGCCAUGUGCAUGGUCAAUCACGAUAGCUUCCACGGUAUAUCAUCUCCCACCAUCCACUCCAAUAUUCUAUUGCGGGUUAUUCGCCCUUGGAGCGUUCAUCAUGCGUGGUGCGGGAUGUACUAUCAACGACAUGUGGGAUAGAAAGUUUGAUGCUGCUGUUGAACGUACAAAAUCCCGACCUUUGGCAAAAGGAGAUAUCACUCCUCUUGGAGCGACCACCUUCCUAGGUGGACAAUUAACAGCAGGAUUAGGAGUUCUCACUCAACUCAAUUGGUAUUCUUCAGAUUUGGAAUUAACAAUCAGUAUCGUCCUUGGUGCCUCUAGUCUUGGAUUGGUAUUCAUUUACCCAUUCAUGAAACGUAUCACCUAUUAUCCUCAUGUCGUCCUUGGUCUAGCAUUCAGCUGGGGAUCUUUCCUCGGAUGGUCAGCAGUGACAGGGAGUGUAGAUUGGGCCAUGACUACACCAAUGUUUUUGGGAAGUGCUGCUUGGUGUGUCAUGUACGAUACUAUUUAUGCUCAUCAGGACAAAAAAGAUGACAUCUUAGUCGGAGUUAAAUCCAUAGCACUCCGUUUCCCUUCACUCACACAAUCACGUAUCCUCAUCUCAUCCCUCUCCACAUUCUUCCUUUCCACUCUCAUCGUCACUGGUCAACUCACAGGACUCGGACCUGCUUAUUAUUUGAUCUCUUGUGGUGGUGCGGCGGGACAUUUAGCUUGGCAAUGCGCUACUGUAAAUUUCGAUAGUAGGGAGGAUUUAUGGAAAAAGUUUUCAUCUAAUGGUUGGUUAGGGUUGUUGAUUUGGAUGGGAAUGGUGGUGGAUUAUGUACAACAGGUCUUAUUGGGGGAGGAGCCGUCGGAGGAUAUGCAGGCAGUUUGA